CGGCUCGCAGUCGUUUAUGAAUCGCGUGCUCGUACGGACCCACAGCGCGAGAACGAACGUUGAACGAUCUUUUUUGUUCUCGUCUCGUGUUUAUCGGUGCUGAUGAAUGAAAGUGAUUUAUUUUAUUAUUUCGAGAAAAUGCGUGUGAAGUGUUAGUGCUGCUCAAGAUUAGGAUUACCCCCUCCCACCCCUGUUCCCCUUAUUGGAUAUAUUUAUUUGUCAGUGAAGUGAAUUCAGUGGUGUGCAUUUUUUCACCUCUUUCUUUUUAUAUACAUUAACAUGAAGAUUUGUUGACCUAAAAUGUAUCCUAGUGCUGGUAUGAAUGCGGCAGCGGCGGCUGCUGUUGCAGCCGCACGACACCCGGGUCCGCCGCAGCCUGGUCAACCAUUCAAAUUUACUGUUGGUGAAUCAUGUGAUAGGAUUAAGGAAGAAUUUAACUUUUUACAAGCUCAAUAUCAUACUCUUAAAUUGGAUUGCGAGAAGCUAGCGAGUGAAAAAAUCGAGAUUCAAAGGCAUUACGUGAUGUAUUACGAGAUGUCUUAUGGACUUAAUGUCGAAAUGCACAAACAGACUGAAAUAGCAAAGAGACUGAACGCAAUUAUAGCACAAAUUCUACCUUUUCUUUCACAAGAACACCAACAGCAGGUCGCGACAGCAGUGGAACGAGCAAAGCAAGUGACUAUGACCGAAUUAAAUGCUAUAAUUGGGCAACAACGACCAGACUUGCCACGACUAUUGCAGCAAAUGCAUGCGCAGCUACCCGCUCACGCAGCCCCGCCAAUACCCAUGAUGCCUCAUCCCAGUUUGGGUGGCGCUCCUCCAAGUUCAGCAGCGAGCAUUUUGGGAUUAUCGGGAGCGAUACCUGCGCAGCACCCUUUAAACAUGUUGGCCAGUAAACCGGAACUCCAUCGGCCGGACGACGUCAAAUCAAAUAGCGGAUUGAACUCGGCCGAAGAAAGACAUAGGAGUUCGAUAUCUCCAGCGGAAAGGGAAAAAUACAGGCCGCGAACGCCCCAAGAACCAACCGAACUAAAAAAGCCUAAAAAAGAAGAAAAAGACCUCGGUCACCAUAGCGAUGGUGAGAAAAGCGACCAGGACCUUGUGGUUGAUGAUGCCUCAGAGGACCCCAUUUCACCACCAAAUGGUACUGUGUCACCUAGAGAGAAUGGUAUUGAUAAAAUUCCUAAGAAGGAACAUCCGGGUCCACAUAGUCCUCGCUCGGGAACGUCAAGUAACGCAUCUACACCAUCGACGAAAAAAAUGGAAGAGAAACCCUCUACACCGAUCUCCAAACCAGUCACGCCCACUUCAGCGGCGGGCUCGUCAUCGGGUAGCGGAGGAUUAAAACCUGUAGUCAAACCUCCUGCUAUGGGACAAUAUCCUGCUUAUUUAGGGAUGCCGAAUGGUGCUCCUCCUCAUGAACUUCAAGCCGCAGCUGGAGCAGCUGGUUACGGUGCUUUACACAAUAAUUUACCUCCCGCUUUAAACAAUUAUCCUCGACCCCCCUUGCAGGUCGGUUACGACCCUCAUUCACAGAUGAGGGCGCCGGUGGUACCUAGUUUGGGAGGAAUACCGGGUGGCAAACCUGCCUAUUCUUUUCACGUGAGUGCCGAUGGGCAAAUGCAGCCAGUCCCUUUUCCUCCUGAUGCCUUGGUGGGCCCAGGCAUACCGAGGCAUGCGCGCCAAAUAAACACCCUCAACCAUGGUGAAGUGGUAUGUGCAGUAACAAUCUCGAACCCCACAAAAUAUGUUUAUACAGGAGGUAAAGGUUGCGUUAAAGUUUGGGAUAUUAGUUUGCCAGGUUCGAAAACUCCCGUGUCGCAACUCGAUUGUUUGCAACGGGAGAAUUAUAUAAGAUCAGUUAAACUCUUGCCGGACGGUAGAACCUUAAUAGUCGGAGGUGAGGCGAGCAACUUAUCCAUUUGGGACUUAGCAAGUCCCACUCCAAGAAUAAAAGCGGAAUUGACCUCAAGUGCACCUGCGUGCUACGCUUUGGCUAUUAGUCCAGACUCAAAAGUUUGCUUUAGUUGUUGCUCAGACGGGAACAUCGCAGUGUGGGACUUACAUAACCAAACAUUAGUAAGGCAGUUCCAAGGACACACAGAUGGGGCCUCUUGUAUAGAUAUCUCAGCGGAUGGUACCAAAUUAUGGACUGGAGGUUUGGACAAUACAGUGCGUAGUUGGGACCUUCGUGAAGGCCGUCAGCUUCAACAGCAUGACUUCAGUUCUCAGAUAUUCUCGUUAGGUUACUGUCCGACGGGAGAGUGGCUCGCGGUUGGAAUGGAGAACUCCAACGUGGAAGUUCUCCAUGCUAAUAAACCAGAUAAAUAUCAGCUGCAUCUCCACGAGAGCUGUGUACUCAGUUUAAGGUUCGCGGCGUGUGGAAAAUGGUUUGUUUCAACUGGUAAAGAUAAUUUGUUGAACGCAUGGAGGACGCCUUAUGGUGCUAGUAUAUUCCAGUCGAAAGAGUCUUCGAGUGUGCUGAGCUGUGACAUUUCCGCGGAUGAUAAGUAUAUCGUAACGGGUAGUGGCGACAAAAAGGCAACAGUGUAUGAAGUCAUUUAUUAAAAAGACAAUGUAUAAAAAUGAACUUUUAUGCCAAAAUGAGUGUGUAUUGGUUACAUUUUUCUGAUGUAAUGAGCCCAGUAAAAGUUUGGUGUGUGUUUUUCUAGCUGGAGUUUUAAAAUAAAUUUUGGACUAUAUAUUGUGCCAAUUUAUAUCUCUUGUUGACAAAACCUGCAAUUAAAGUGCAAUACUAUUCGAAAAAAAAACCUCAUUUUUACUGGGUUAAUAAGGCAACUCUCUUCAUAGCUUAAAAGUUUAAUGAAAAAUUGUGAUAACUACGUGUAAUAAGUAAACUAUUGUAAAGACGCUGACUGUUUUAUACAUUUUUCUUAAAAAUUUUAAAACAGCUUUUUAAAUAUGAAAAUAAUAGUGAUCUGAUCGUGGUAGUGAUCUCUUGUUUUGAUUUUUCUUGUUUUCUAAUAGUUUGUAAAGUUCAGUGGUUCAACGUAGUUUUUCAGGAAAUAAUGUAAAAAUUAAAUUUGAAUUAAAGUUAAAUAAAUACCAUCAUUCUGUUUUCACACGAAAAUUGCAUUGAGCCAUAUGAAAUGCAACACAAAUUUUGCCGAAAAAGCGAUUAGAGAAGUAAAUAAAAGCAUUUUUCCCGCUAAAAUUUGUAAUUAACCUCUCUGUUAUUGUUAUUUUCGGUAAACAACCGCGUAAAUAAAUAUAUAUAUAUUAUUAUGUACUUUCUUGUAAAUAGCUCUAGCUAAUAUCUGAUUUUUUUAAACUGUCAAAAGUGACACUUUAGUUUUUAAUCUAUUUAAAAGCAACUAGCAGUAAUUCUUUUACUGCAAGUUGGUUUUAAAUUUCUAAUAUAAAUAACUAUAAUUAUUAUCAUUAUUAUAAGUAGAAUCUAAAUACGAAAUUAAAUUUUGAAAUAUCUCCGAUUAUGUGAUUUUCUGUCUGUUGUUUUUUUGUCGACUGCUUAAAAGUAAAAAAAAAAUAAAAAAAUGGAAAAAUUCUCGUGAAAAACAACAUUCAUUUCCUGGUAUUAAAUACUAAUGUAAUUUUUUUUGCUAAAAUUAAUUAAUACUAGGAACAAAAUUGCCUAAAAACCGUUAUUUUAUUAAUUAAAAUAUAUCUUUCAUGACUAUUUUUCCAUAAUUAUUUUUUUUUAAUUCCAACUUUUUCCUUUGUUUGUCUUAAUUAUUAUAUAAUAACAAUACAAGAUGUUAAGUAAUAUCACCUAAAUAUUUCAGGAUAUUAUCAUUUUUAUUCGCUACUCCUAUUACAUCCUUAAAUAUUUACGUAUAUAUCUUAAUACCCUGUAUAAUGUCUCUAUUUUGCGCCAAUACAAUGCACAAUUUUUUAUAUAAAAUUUAAACGCUUUUUAUCGCCUUUUUUAAACAUAAAUAACUUGUUACAAUUUUCAAAUAUUUUAUCAGAUUGAUAACUAUUUUCUGGUAGUAAAGUAUCCAAAUAAGAUAUAACUGGAAAAAACUGAACGAGAUCCCCCAUAGAGGUCAUUGAAUUUGUAGCGGCAUUUUACUACCAACAAAAAUUGUUUAAAAAUUAUGACGCAUUUAUUAUAUUAUUAUAAACAAAAAUUUUAAUAACACAUCCACGCCGCGCGUGCUUAAUCUAUAAUUUUCAUAAAACAUGUUCGAAGGCAGAUUCGUGACAAUUAAGUUUUGCUUGGUUAAAAAAAAAAAUAACGCCCAUAAAUACUACUUAACUCUAAGGAUAAAUUGUACAUAAUAAUUUUAGCCCUAAUUAUUAGCGCGUUGUUUUCUCUUUUUUGUUAUUUAAUAUUUAGCGAAUAUUAAAUGUGGAAGUAAUGCAAAUAAAACGUCUUUAUAUUUGUAAAAUUAGAUGUUAAGAAAAAAACACAAAUACUGCAUUUUUUUGUUAAAAAACAUAUCGAAUUAAAUAUUUUAACUUUGUUUUUAAAGUCGAUUCACAUUCCAUUCGAACACGUCGUAAAUUUUUGGUUUGGAAUCGACUAGUUUUGUUCUGGAUGUGUUCAUUAUAAAAAAUACAGAGUUUAUAAUUUAUAUUGUAUUAUUGUACGUGAUGAUACCUCAGCCUAUUUAAUUAACAAUAGCCCGAGAACGAAAUGUAUUUUUGUCAUAAUGUGAAAAGAAAUAAAUUCUUGUUACUUCCAGGUGAA